UCAUAGCUUCUUUAUUUAAUUUUCUUGUACCAAUUUUUUAAUGCAUUCGGUUCAAACCCAUAGUAAUGAAAAAGAUGGCCUUACCACAUUUUUUGCUGCAUUUGUUGUUAUGGAGACCUGGUCUUACAGACAAGACAUCACACCCUCUGCUUUUUCAUGUUCACGUUGAUAUGCUUCACCACCCUCUUCGUACUUAACUUGUUACUUGUCACACACCCAUGUGGAGAGGAAAGUACACUGCUUAGUUCAUGAGUGAUAUUUGAGAGUUUUCUAUUGAUUUUCGCAUUCCUGGGAUGUAUCUUUCAAAGAGUUUCAAGCAUGAAAUUGUUUUCUUCUUGUGGUUCUGCUUCUGUUUGCUACAUGCUGCUGGGCAGAAUAACAUCACUGCUCCCGAUGAAGUUGAAGCAUUGAAAGCCAUUAAGAGAAGUUUGAUUGAUACUAAUGGAAAUUUGAGCAAUUGGAAUAGAGGAGACCCAUGCACAUCAAGGUGGAAAGGAGUUUUGUGCUACAAUGAAACACAAGAUGAUGGCUAUCUACAUGUUGAAGAAUUGCAAUUGCUGAGACUGAACUUGUUCGGAACUUUGGCACCAGAGAUUGGCAGAUUAACUUAUAUGAAAAGAUUGAACUUUAUGUGGAACAACAUAAGUGGGAGUAUUCCGAAGCAAGUUGGCAAUAUCACACGUUUGGAACUCUUGCUCCUGAAUGGAAAUAAUUUAACAGGUUCACUACCAGAGGAGAUUGGCUAUCUUCCAAACCUGAAUAGAAUACAAAUUGAUCAGAACCAAAUAUCAGGCCCUAUACCUAAGUCAUUUGCAAACCUGAACAUGACAAAGCAUUUUCACAUGAACAAUAAUUCACUUAGCGGGCAAAUUCCACCGGAGCUUUCCCGAUUACCAAACCUGGUUCACCUUCUUCUCGACAAUAACAACUUAUCAGGAUAUCUUCCCCCUGAGCUGUACAAAAUGCCAAACUUACUUAUCAUUCAACUUGAUAACAAUAACUUUGAAGCAAAUAGCAUUCCUGAUACAUAUGCGAACAUGUCAAAGUUGUUGAAGAUGAGCCUUAGGAAUUGCAGCUUGCGAGGACCCGUUCCUGAUUUAAGCAGGAUACCUCACCUUCUUUAUCUUGACCUCAGUUUCAACCAGUUGAAUGAAUCGAUUCCUCCCAAUAGGCUGUCUGAAAAUAUCACAACCAUUGAUUUAUCAAACAACCAACUUACUGGAAAUAUUCCAUCCUACUUUGCAGAUCUUCCACGUCUUCAGAAAUUGUCACUUGCAAACAAUUCAUUGGAUGGCAGUGUUUCUUCCUCCAUUUGGCAGAAUAAGACUUUAAAUGGAACAGAAAAAUUUCUCUUGGAGUUGGAAAAUAAUAAUCUUACAACCAUAUCAGGCAGUAUCAAUCUUCCUUCAAAUGUCACAGUUGGGCUUGAUGGAAAUCCCCUUUGCUCAAAUAUAACCCUGAAUCAGUUCUGUGGAUCUGAAGGAGCUACUGAAACAAAUGGCUCGUUCACAAAUUCCAGUCCUUGUCCCACUCAAGCAUGCCCUCCUCCUUAUGAAUACUCUGUGAAUUGUUUCUGUGCGAUUCCAUUAAUCGUUGACUAUCGGCUGAAAAGUCCUGGAUUUUCAAAUUUUCUUCCAUAUUUGAAUGAGUUUAAGGACUACAUGACUACUGGAGUUAAAAUAUCUACCAAUCAGCUAGAAUAUAAAUUUUAUUGGCAACCAGGACCUCGACUAACAAUGGAGUUGAAGUUUUUUCCUGUAUAUGUUGAUAACACUAGUGAUCAUAUUUUCAAUAGAAGUGAGCUGCAACGGAUCACAACCAUGUUUACAGGAUGGCUAAUUCCAGACAAUGAUACGUUUGGGCCUUAUGAACUGAUUGGGUUCGAUCUUUUGGGUCCUUACCAGGAUGAGAUUGGCAAGAGUUCAAAAUCAGGGAUAAGUACGGGUGCAUUGGUUGGCAUAGUCAUAGGGGCAAUUGCCUGUGCAGUGACAUUAUCUGCAAUUGUUACCAUUCUUAUAUUGAGAGUAAAAUUGAAAGAUUAUCAUAGCAUUUCCAAGAGACGUCAUGCAUCAAAGAUCUCAAUAAAAAUUGAUGGUGUAAGAGCCUUUACUUAUGGAGAGUUGUCCUCUGCUACAAACAAUUUCUCUGCUCAAGUUGGACAAGGGGGCUAUGGGAAAGUUUAUAAAGGUAUUCUUUCUGAUGGCACAGUCGUUGCCAUAAAACGUGCACAAGAGGGAUCCCUGCAAGGUGAGAAGGAGUUCCUUACCGAAAUAUCAUUACUGUCAAGGUUACAUCAUCGCAACCUUGUGUCUCUGAUUGGAUACUGUGAUGAAGAAGGUGAACAGAUGCUAGUAUAUGAAUUUAUGCCGAAUCGCACAUUGAGGGAUCACCUUUCUGUUACAGCCAAAGAACCUCUGACUUUUGCCAUGAGAUUGAAGAUUGCGCUAGGGGCAGCUAAAGGUCUUAUGUAUCUACACACAGAAGCUGAUCCUCCAAUAUUUCACCGAGAUGUAAAGGCCAGCAACAUCUUAUUGGACUCUAAGUUUGCCGCCAAAGUGGCUGAUUUUGGACUUUCACGGCUUGCUCCAGUUCCAGAUAUGGAAGGAGUUGUGCCUGGUCAUGUAUCUACAGUGGUAAAGGGGACCCCGGGUUACCUUGAUCCAGAGUACUUCUUGACUCACAAGUUAACUGACAAGAGUGAUGUUUAUAGUCUUGGCGUGGUAUUUCUGGAACUUUUGACUGGGAUGCAACCUAUCUCACAUGGCAAAAAUAUUGUUAGAGAGGUCAACGUUGCAUAUCAAUCUGGCGUGAUAUUUUCAAUCAUCGAUGGACGUAUGGGGUCUUAUCCAUCUGAGCAUGUGGAGAAGUUUUUGACUCUGGCCAUGAAGUGUUGUGAAGAUGAGCCGGAGGCACGGCCUAGAAUGGCAGAAGUGGUCAGAGAGCUUGAAAACAUAUGGUCUACUAUGCCGGAAUCAGAUACCAAGAGAGCUGAAUUUGUAUCCAGUGAUUCUGGCAAAACAGACAGUAACAGCACACCAUCUUCAUCAUCUGCUAUGAAGACUCCUUUUGUAUCAGGAGAUGUGUCAGGUAGUGACCUUGUUAGUGGAGUAAUACCAAGCAUCAAGCCAAGAUAGAAACUAUACAAGUUGAGAAUGAAACUAUUAUCAAUGUGAGUUUGCCAUUGUCCUGUGCAUUAAAUAAUGAGAGCACAUGGUACUGCAUUCUCUUCUUUGUACAAUGUGUAUACUUACUGAUGGAGCACUGGCUGGUACAUAGCAUAUCGAUUUUGUACACCAUUUUAGCUUAAAGGUAGUUUAUGUAGUUCUAGUUAAGUACUGGGAAUUGAAUUCCUCUUGAACCAUGUUUAUAAAUUAAAAGUUUUUUGUUACUUGUAUUGAUACAGUAGAUUAUAAAUAAUUUAUACUAUAAAUUAAAAGGACUUCAAAA